AUGGAACUGGUUGAGUGGUUUUCCAGUCUGGGGAUGAAAAUUUUGGAAAUGGCGUCGUCAGCUCCUGCUUCGAAUGAUUUAGUACAGUUGGUACGCAAUCGAUUGACUGAACUCAACGACCGUACUCUUCUGGUCAGUCAUUUGCCCUGGUCGCUACAGCUAAAAGUGCUUAUUAGAGCUUUCAAGACCCCGAUUAAUGGUCGAUUUCCAAAAAAGAAAUUUAAGGGCAAUAGAAAAUAUGCCUUCCUCGAAUUCCCCUCCGCCCAUCAUGCUAGAAAGGCCUUACAGGAAAGUUCGCAACUGAAAUUCUUGGGACGAGCCCCGAAAUGUGAGCUGGUAUCAGAGAAAGCUCUCAAUGGCCCCUUUAUUGAUCCGCAGGCGUUUCAACUGAGCGAUUUCCAGUUAAAUAGAUUAAAUGUAUCCUGUGUUCCUCGAGACGCGACCGAGGAUGAGGUCGAACGUCUCUUUCCCGGUGCAAACAGCAUCGAGUUUCCGAAUUCUGGUCCGGGCAAAGCACAAGGGUGUGCGCGAGUUGAUUAUAUUGCAGAGAAGGAUGCACUGGAAGCCUUCAACACGAGGCAUGGUACCUUGCUCCAUGGUGUUCCCCUUAUUGUCAACUACUGUAUUCGUAGGAAGGCUGGAAAAAGGGUUAAGAACCAAGUCAUGGAUACAAAUGCAGAACAGGGUGAAAACACUGCAACAUCGCUGUCUGGAUCAGAAAUUAAGAAGGGCAAAAGGCCGUAUCCCACUGAUGAGGAGAACGAUGACAAUAAGAAAGAGGGGAAGAUUCGACGUAUCCCCACGGAUGGUGAUGUUGAUCGACCUGUUCGAAACCGUAGAAGCAAAUCCGUGAAGGCCAAUUAA